GCCUCAGGAUCAGGAGGAGGAAUCAAAAAGCAAACUCCAGGAAACUUUUUGCUUGUCCCAUCACUGGACUGCACCUCCCAGUUGUUAUUGUCUGUGUUGGUCUUUAGAUUGAACAGCUCUCCUCUGUUCAAUGAAGCCUGACCUUUCCUCACCAGAGCGGGAAGCUGUGGAGGAGUUGUUGCCCGGCAUUCGCACCAGGCGGUACAGCGUGCCCCACAUCACCCUGGCUCCAGACACCCGGAGACGACCGAGGCAUGCAACGAGCGAUAACCCAUCUCGAUGCAGCUUCACGGACCGCGUUCGGGCAAACGGAGACGCUUCCCCCCAGCAUGAAAACGGUAAGACUCCACUUGUCAUUGUAACCUGCACUACUUGCCACAUGUACAGUUUAGCUUCUUCCGUCAGCACAGAGGGGUUUACAUGUGUUAAAUGUAUUGAAGUAGUAAGGCUAACGGAGAAGGUUGCAGAACUAGAAGCGCACAUCCAAACGCUCGUUGAGGACAGUAAAACCGCUAAUGUUAAUGUUUCAAACACUGUUUCGGGUGCGCCUACGGUAACGCGUAGUACACAUAGCUCGGUUUCGGCAACUGAGUUAACACGGCCGACUAACUGGGUGACUAUCAGGCGGCGUAGUCAUAUUCGAUGCCCAUCGAAGUCCCCCCUAGUAAUUUCUAACAGAUUCGACAUCCUAAGCAAUACACCGGCUGAGACAUCUGUUAAAGGUGCCCUUGUUAUUGGAAACUCGAUACUUAAGAACGUGAACAUUGAGGCACCAGCCACCAUAGUUGACUGUAUACCGGGAGCCAGAUCGUCAGACAUUAGAUCCAAACUUAAAGUGCUGGCUAAUGCUAAGCGUAAGUUUUCAAAAAUUGUUAUUCAUGCCGGCGCAAAUGACACCAGACUCCGCCAGUCGGAGAUCACCAAAGAUACUAUUAAAGAGGUGUGUGAAAUUGCAAAAACAAUGUCAGAUAAUGUAAUAUGCUCUGGUCCCCUCCCCGCCUACUGGGGUGAUGAAACUUAUAGCAGAUUAGCGUCUCUUCACCACUGGUUGUCAAAAUGGUGCCCUCAGCAUAACGUAGGGUUUAUAGACAAUUGGAAGCACUUCAGGGGGAGACCUGACCUGCUAAAGAGAGAUGGCCUUCAUCCGUCAUCGGAAGGAAAUGCUAUACUCUCUAGAAAUCUGACCAAUACUCUUAAUUCUAAUACAGUCUGACUACCCAGGGCCCAGGUCAGGAAACAGAUAGAUCGGCCUACCCGUCCAUCUGUUAGCUGCUCUGACAUGUCGAGAUCACAUAUAUCCUAGAACUUAGAGUCUAUCUUACCAGAGUAUCAACACAUUUCAACUGUGUGCGUUCCUCGAACAAACGAAUACAGAGCACCGUUUACCUCGUCUCGUACAAAUCUUACUAACAUAAAAUUAGAAAACAAUACGUUUACAGAUGAACCUCGAAUGUUAAAAUUCGGCCUUCUUAACAUUAGAUCGCUUACCAAUAAAGAACCCAUUGUCAAUGAAAUAAUUACUGACCAAAACUUAGAUGCACUCUCUUUAACAGAAACCUGGCUUAAAGCAGACGAUUACAUUAGUUUAAACGAAUCCACCCCACAAGACUACUAUUAUAAACAUGAACCGCGAUUAAAGGGGAGAGGGGGUGGUGUAGCUACAAUAUACAACAACAUUUUUAAAGUUAACCAAAAAUCUGAACUAAAAUUUAAUUCAUUUGAAAUAAUGCUAUUAAAUAUGGAAAUAACUGAUCGUAACCAUAAACAGCUCUCUUUUGUCCUUGCUACAAUCUAUAGACCUCCGGGCCAUCAUGCAGAUUUUCUUAAAGAAAUAUCAAAUUUCCUGUCUGACCUCGUAGUCACUGUAGAUAAAGCUCUUAUCGUUGGUGACUUUAAUAUACACGUUGAUAACCCAACAGAUACAUUAGGAUUAGCGUUUAUAGAUAUUCUAAAUUCUCUCGAUAUUAGACAAAACGUGACAGGGCCCACGCAUACUCGUAUGCACACAUUAGACUUAAUUCUGUGACUCGGGCUCAAUAUUAAUGAAAUCGAGAUAUCACCUCAGAGCGAUGCAGUUUCAGACCAUUGCCUUGUCUCAUACACGGUACUUCUAGAUAGGAUCACUUGAUCCACAAUAUGCUACCGACUAGCCAGAACAAUAAUUUCUACCACUAAAGAUAACUUUAUUAGCACUCUUCCAGACCUGUCCCAAAUGAAACAUGUAGCAGAUAAUCCUGAAGAUCUAGAUAUUGUAAUAGAAAACCUGAACAGUAUUUGUUCUAACACAUUGGAUGCCGUAGCUCCAAUUCGAAAAAAGAGAAUCAAAGAAAAAACGCCAGCUCCAUGGUACGACCAUCAUACCGCAGCCCUUAAAAAGGUUGCUAGAAAAAUGGAAAGAAACUAUAGAAGCACAAAGUUAGAGGUAUGGCGUGCAGCAUGGAAAAAGAGUGUUAAACACUACAGACAGGCUAUAAAAAUUGCCAGAUCUACGUAUCUCAGCAAUCUAAUUAAAGAAAAUCAUAAUAACCCUCGCUUCCUCUUUAGCACAGUUGCGAAACUGACUAGAAAUAAAGAACAAACAGAACCCACUAAUAAACUCCCACACAAUAGUAACGACUUCAUGAACUUCUUUACUAAGAAAAUUAUGAUUAUUAGGGAAAACAUUGUAGGUACCCAAGCAGCCACCACUCUAUCCAGUAAUAUAUUUAAUGCUAGCUUACCAUACGAACAUCUUGAGUCAUUUAAACCUACUACAAUAGAAGAGCUAUCUAAAUUAGUAUCGUCAUCCAAAUCAUCAUCCUGUAUAUUGGACCCUGUUCCCACAAAAUUACUCAAAGAGGUAUUCCCUAUAGUAUCUAACCCAGUACUAAAUGUAUUUAACUCAUCACUAGAAUUAGGCUACGUUCCAACAGCUUUCAAACUAGCAGUUAUUAGACCGCUCAUUAAAAAACCAAACCUUGACCAGGGAGAUCUAAAUAACUUUAGACCAAUCUCAAAUCUCCCUUUUCUUUCCAAAAUAUUAGAAAAAGUAGUGGCAAGCCAGCUACGUACAUUCUUAGCAAAUAAUAGUACGUAUGAAAAGUUCCAAUCAGGAUUCAGGCCCCACCAUAGCACAGAGACAGCACUGCUUAGAGUUACAAAUGACCUUCUCCUAACAUCCGAUCGUGGCGAAAUAUCACUCCUUAUAUUAUUAGACCUUAGUGCAGCCUUUGACACAAUAGAUCACACAAUCUUACUUAAUAGGCUAGAAAACUAUGUUGGCAUCAGUGGUUAAGCGCUAGCCUGGUUCAGAUCGUAUCUAACCAAUCGCUAUCACUUUGUUUAUGUAAAUGAGUAGGAGUCACAUCACUCCCUGGUUAAAUACGGCGUACCGCAGGGAUCAGUUUUAGGUCCUAUCCUGUUCUCGUUAUAUAUGUUACCUCUGGGAGAUAUUAUCAGGAAUCAUAACAUACAGUUUCACUGCUACGCAGAUGACACACAGCUUUACAUCUCCUCACAUCCUAGCGAAACACACAAUUUUUCUAAGCUAUCAGACUGCAUCAGCGAUAUAAGUGACUGGAUGGCACAUAACUUUCUUAUGCUAAACUCCAAUAAGACAGAGAUACUUGUUAUUGAACCGAAUCGCUACAAAUAUAAUAUGACAGACUACAAGUUGCCCAUAGAUGGCUGCACUGUGGUGCCAACCUCCACGGUUAAGAAUUUAGGUGUGAUGUUCGACAGAAAUUUAUCCUUCGACAGCCAUAUCUCCAAUGUCUGCCGCACAGCGUUCUUCCACCUUAGAAAUAUCUCAAAAAUACGCCAUAUGUUGUCUGCAUCAGAUGCAGAGAAGCUUAUCCACGCUUUUAUGACCUCUAGAAUAGACUAUUGUAACUCGUUACUUGGAGGAUGCCAUGCAAAUCAGGUAAACAAGCUUCAGCUAGUUCAAAAUGCUUCUGCAAGAGUUCUUACUCGAUCUAAGAAGUAUGACCGCAUAAGCCCAAUUCUGGCAUCUUUACACUGGCUACCAGUUAAAUAUCGUAUACAAUUUAAAAUAUUACUAAUCACCUACAAAGCCUUAAAUGGCCUAGCACCCUCAUAUCUUAGAGAAUUAUUAUCAGAAUACAAUCCAUCACGUGCACUGCGGUCACAAAAUUCUGGCCUCUUAAUUGUCCCUAAAAUAUCAAAAGUGUCUAAAGGUGGCAGAUCCUUUUCCUACUUAGCCCCUAAGCUAUGGAAUGAUUUACCAACCGACGUCCGAAAAUCAGAGACUGUAGAUAACUUUAAAUCUAGACUUAAAACUUUUCUCUUUAACAAGGCAUUCACAUAGUUUGUUUUAGCAAUAGUACUUAUCUCCCAAUAACUAGCUUGUACAACCUAAUAAAUAAAUAAAUUAAUGAAUAAAUUAAAACCUUUUUUUCGUCAACACUCCAAAGCAUGGUAAAUGACAUUAAUACUCUUUAGUAAUAUGCUGAAACUUUGAAUUGGUUGUCGAUUGAGUCUUAAUUGCAAAAUAUGGUCGGUUUGCAAUUUUGGCCCUUUCCCAUGGCCUUAAAAAAUAGUAUGUCAUACAGAACCGUUUGCCACUGUACGUUAGUAUUAACGACGGCAGUGGGGCCUCUGGCCUUAGUCAAACAAGUUCUGUUUCUACAAUCAUCAUCUAUAUGUAAUACACUUAUCUCCCAAUAGCUAGCUUGUACAACCUAAUAAAUAAAUAAAUUAAUGAAUAAACUAAAACCUUUUUUUCGUCAACAUCCCAAAACAUGGUAUAUGUCAUUAAUACUCUUUAGUAAUAUGCUGAAAGUUUGCAUUGGUUGUCGAUUGAGUCUUAAUUGCCAAAUAUGGUCGGUUUGCAAUUUUGGCCUUUUCCCAUGGCCUUAAAAAUAGUAUGUCAUACAGAACAGCUUGCCACUGUACGUUAGUAUUAACGACGGCAGUGGGGCCUCUGGCCUUAGUCAAACGAGUUCUGUUUCUCAGGGUUCCCGCGGGGUCUUAAAAAGCCUUAAAAGCAUUGAAUUUAUGAAUUUGGAAAUAAUACCUUAAAAAGACUUAAAAAAGUCUUAAAUUUUGAUGUCUGGGUCUUAAAAAUUGUGCUGUAUGUAACUUCUCCAUAUUUUUCCUUAAAAGUUUCUUUGUCAACCACAUUUUGAUUAAAUCAGGGAUGCAAACACAUCGCUUUUCGGCGCCUGCGGCUUUUUAUUAUUAAUGGCAUUUUGGUUGCGAGCACAUCGUGUCUCUCCCGAUGAGUCUGCUGUACGUUCACGUGCUCGCUGUUUCUCGAUGAAUUGGGUGCGACAUGAAGCGAGUUCAGCGUCACAUGUUUCUGAACUUGAGCAGAGUUGUAUGCAUAGAGGUUUUCACGGAGGACCGGGUCCGAUUAACAUUAUGUGUAAAACCAGAGGCGAUUGGAAAACGGCCGUGAUCAGAGUCAGUCAGCGCUAAUGUUCACGUGCAGUUUCAAGCUGCGUGCCUCCGUUUCUAUUCCGAUAACAACUGGCUUGGUUUGAAAGUCACGACCACGCGCUGCAGUUUCUUUCUCCGUCCCUUUGUUUAAUAAUAUUAUUAUUAAUGAAUAUCUAAAAAGUUUAUAUAUAUAUAAAAAGUUUGCUCAAAGAUCACAGAGAUGGUAGCAAAAAAGAAUUGUGAAUGUCAAGCCCAUUGCACGAGCAAAGCUCAAGCUGACUCUAGAUAUAAUAAUCUUUUUUUUUGUUUUAUUAAGGACACUCUGUCUUGGUCCAUAAAACAACAAACAACAGAUAUACACACAUAGACACAUACAGUUACACUUACUCAUGUACAUAUAAACUAAAACGCCAAUGAUUCCACAUCCUUGAAAAGAACCUGACUGAACUCUGUGCCAGGUUCGUCAAUAAUAAAACUCACUCACAUAAUAUAAAAACUCACUAGGACAGCAAGUAGACUUUUGAAUCUAAAAUAAUAAGUGGAUAAAGCUCUUUUAAUCCACAAGAGAGGAAUUAAAAGAGGCACUUUUACUGCUUCUGCUCUAUCUAAAAAGGAAAGAAAACUACAUAAACCAUAACACACCAAUUACAUUUAUAAUCUCUAGACCUGCACUUUCUAUCAUUAAUAUACUAUACAUAUUAUUGUAUUCAAAAGAGUUUGAUAAAAGGGGUCAUUUACACAAGUAUUGCUUCAUAUGUCAGUGCAAAAACAGUAAAGAAUUUUGGGAUGCUUUGACAAACGUUGUCAGCUUUGUUCAUUUAUGGUUGGAUUUAUUAAAUAUAAUGUGAAAUUAAUAUAAAUUAAUGCAGCCAGAUGGAAGGCCCUGGUUACGUUGCAGGAGGUGGCCAGGAAGAAGAGGAAGGAGUAAAGCAAGAAGAAGUGCUAGAUAGUUCAAUAAGAGUUUUAGUUUAACAUAAAAAAUGAAAUUGAAUAUUCCAAAUUAAUGUCGGCGUCUUUUGAUUUUCGAAUUUCAUUUUACUCUAUAUACAUAGUUUGGUAGGGAUGGCAGGGGUCGGUGGCAAUGUAGCCUAAGUAUCUGGAUAUUUGCCUGGGUGUGAGGGCUUAGAUUACCUUUCUCUUUUUUGAACAUACAUGUGUUUGCAUCUCUGUUUGUUUAAUAACGUAGUAUAAAUAAAGAGUGGCGGAUCCAAUAAUUGAGAACGCAACACAGUCCCGGGUCACAGUACAAAAUACUGCGAACACGUGAUGCCUUCAGUAAAUGAAGAUCACCACAACCAUAGACUGCAACACAACACAGCAACAGGCAAAGGAGAAGCGGGAAAAAUCAAAUAAAAUCUCAGAAAUUCCUUAACAACUUAACAUUGUUUGGCAAACUUUCUUGUGGCCUACUGAAAUUUUUUUUCACACCUGCUUGGCUUAUCAUCUUUUACCCAUUUCACAUCGGAAAAAUAAAUGAACACAAGUUCAAGGAUUUUAGUUUUUCUUUGCUGGUAGGGACGUGAAAUGGGUAUUAAUUUUUUAUAUAAAUGGUCUUAAAAAGGUCUUAAAAAGACUUGAAUUUAACUUGAAGAAACCUGUAGGAACCCUGGUUUCUGUUUCUAAAAUCAUCAACUAUAUGUAAUACACUUAACCAGCAAUAGUUAAGCCUGCCCGGAACCGAGCUGACUAAAACCACAUUACUGUGUGACACCUGCUUUUUAUGUGAACGGCCCCUACGCUAAUAAGAUUUUGUUUCUCUCUCCCUGUCUCGUCCUCGAUCACGAGGACAAUAAGACAAACAGAUCCAGAUCCAGUUCCGGUAAAUGUGAAAGUCGGCACACCUCUGAUCUACUGGCUGUUCUUCAACGUGAUGUCCAGCUGAUGCCUGACCAAAGACCACCGGCAGAACCCGCUUAAUCUCCGCUUAAUCUCCUUCCGUUUCAAUAUAUAUAUAUAUAUAUAUAUAUCUCCCAAGGGUUUUUUCCUCCUAGGACUUUUUUUUACUUCCCCGGCUAAAAUUCCGGGGGUUUUUUUCUCCUAGGGGGUUUUUCAACCCGGGGAGGCAGCCUUGUUGGGCUUAACUUCUAUACGUUACAUUAGUAAUACGUUUGCUUAUAAUGUUGAUUUAUAGCUGCAGCAAAUUUAGCUGCUUGUGCUAUCGUGUAUUAUGUUAUGCUAUCUGUCGAUUUUCUGUGCUUUUCAAUACAUCUAUUAUGUAAAGCUGCUUUGAUACAAUUACCAAAUUGUGAAAAGCGCUAUAUAAAUAAAAUUGAAUUGAAUUGAAUAAGUGGUGUCACUGAUUUGGGUAAAAACACACACAAAAUGACAGAUUUUCAAUAUAAAAAGUGAUUGUAACCUGGAUUUUUUUAACCUUUUUCACAGUCUUGGGCAUGUCAAAGAUUGGUAAAAACAUUGGCUUUAAAGCAUUUUUAGUUUUUGUGUAGCAUCAGUUUUUAUUUUAUUUCUCCCUCAUUUUUUGUUAGUGGCUGUUUUUUCCCCCUUGACUUCCAUUAUAACCACAUUUUUUGAUUGCAGAGCUAUGACAACUUUUUAUCAUGCAUUUUUGAAUGUUGGUGUUUUUUCCUUUUGGUAAGGGGUCAAAUUUGUCAUUUUUACUGUUGAUCACCAUGUGGCAUUAUUAACCCCCUUAGUAGGCCUAUGCAAAAACAGAGCUUAAUUUCUGGCUUUGUUAACUGAUUAAACACUUCACUUUCACCUGGGCAUUUAGAUUAGUUUAGUUUUUCAUCAACAAUAUCUGCGUAAAAACUUAAACAUGAUGAUCAUCUUCCGGCUCGACAGUUUUAGCACGUCCUCUAUUUUAUUAAGGAGUCUACCCAGCUAACACAAAUACGUAACGUCAACGUAAUAUGAUGACCAAACUUACGUUGUGGCGACCGGAAAAUUGAAAUACCUGGAUUCGUCGCCUUGACUUAACUUCGCAACGUAAUCUGCCUGUCUUGGGCAUGUCGUGACAACGUAAUGGAUUUAAAGUUUUGUGUUUGUAAAUUUUAUGUUUGGGUCUCAGUUCAGAAAAAUUACUGAUCCUGUCAGACGCCAUGCUGUGCACGUGCAGUAACGCGCUCUGAUUGAGUUCAGCUGAAGGAGGGAGACGCGUCCUGUUUUUGGUUUCCUAUGUAAAGAGCAGCUCGUAUGGUGGUUAAAUAUCUAUUCUAUUUUGACUUAUUUAAGGGAAACUUUGAGACUGAAAAGU